GUCAACAAACAUCCCGAACCCCCGUGCAUAUCAACAACUGCGUCCACCCGCAUACAAACACACACACGCGUCCGGACGGCCUCGACACACUCGUGGAGCUCUCAAUUGCUCUUUCGUCACCGUCUUCCGUCGUCACCGUCGUGUGCUUGCGGGCGAUUCUUCUGUGUCUGACCGCCGCACUUCGGGCUCUGCUGUCGCUCCUCACUCUGCUUUCCCGCUCGGCUUUUCUUUGUUUCUGCUGGCACCGAGCUGCUCUGCUUCUUCCUCCGCUUCUUCACCGUGCACCGACUUUUCAAUCUCAAUCACAGGCCUUCGUCGUGCAUGUGGCUGUGAGCGACGCGCUUGGAAUCCCCUUUCUUUUCUUGCGUCCUGCAUCGCUUUGAUUGCGAAGACCUUCAGGCCGUAUCAUCCGCCGUCAGCCUGCUCCCUAUCGCAAUGGACGCAAAGCCUCAGAGACUUCGCGCUGCACCGCGCUUGCGUGACGAGAACGCACUUCCAACCAGCAUGGUCACUUCGAAAACACUGUACCACAACCGGACAAAGUCGACUCCCGCGCUUUCCUCGCUGCUCAAGAACCCCGUCAAGACGAACGCCAGCGUGCUCGGCGGUGCGACUACCAACACAAACAGCUUCGGGCUGAAUGUAAACACAAAUUCAAACUCGACUUUGUCCAAUGCCAGACAACGCAGCGCGUUUGCCGACGUGAGCAACACGCGACUUGGCUCCCGCUCGAUCACCGUCAAGGACGACAUGUCGAUUGUCAAAGAUGGUCAUGCUGCGCCAAUGGGCAAGACUUUCUCGACUCUGCAGCCGCUUAAGGAGGUCCCGGAUGCCAAUGUCGUUCCUCAUGCCAACAAGCAGCCAGCCCUCCUGCGGCCGGCUCAGCGACCACUCAACGCUGCACAGUCACGACAGGUGUCUGCUCCCCAAGCCAACCAUGCCGGGAACGACGAAAAUGUCGUUGCGCCGGGUGUGCAGAAGAGUGCCUUCGAGCCUAUCGAGCACAGGAGCAGCGACCCAGACCAAUUGCUGAAGAACCUCAACCGCAAGCGCACCACCAUCUUCCGAGAGGCACAGCCAGCUGCUGAGCAGGAAAACCAGGGUGCGUUGCUGAAGGAGCCUGUGAAGCCUCUGGUUACGUCGAACGCUCUUGUGCAUCAGGUCCUGGACGCGUCCAGGGACAAGAAGCUGCCUGCCAUUCCUGAGCCUGUCGUCCCGACCGUGCAGGCACUGCUCCCUGCUAUCGAGCAAGCGCGAGAUGAACGCGUCAACUUCGAGCAGGAGGUCAAGGACUUUUCACGCGAAUUGAUUGAGUCGAUAGAGCAGACGUUUGCACGCGCCGAGGAGCACAUCGCGCCUUCCCAUGACAAUGAAGUGGAUCGGCCUGAGCCCGAGAAGUCACUGCCAAUGCCGGUGCUGCCCUCAAGGUCGUCAUCACAAGACACCAUACCCCAGGUGGAGCCCGCCUCGCGAACGAGCGACCAGGAGGUAUAUCAGCUUGCCCUGGAGACGCAGCUGCCACCCGUCGACUCGGUCCUUGAUAGUUCGAAGCUCCCCUUGUCAGCCCACUCAGACUAUCCCGAGUACCUCGACGAGGAAGAGGACGACGAGGAGGAAUACUACGAUGCGGAAGGAUACACCACCGCGCGUUCAAUACGCUCGCGUGGUGACAACACUACCGGUGGUCUCACUACCAUUAUCGAGCCACGCGUGACGCAAAGGGUGCUAAAGGAGCUCGAGGCAGCACGAGACUACGUGCUGGCCACACGAACCGAGGAUGACAUUGAGGAUGAGGCAUGGGACACGUCCAUGGUGGCUGAGUAUGGCGACGAUAUCUUUGAGUACAUGCGCAAGCUGGAGAGCAAAAUGCGCCCAAACGAACACUACAUGGACAACCAGAAUGAGAUUCAGUGGUCGAUGCGCUCCGUGUUGAUGGAUUGGAUGGUCCAGGUGCAUGCUCGCUUUGGUCUUUUGCCAGAGACGCUAUUCUUGGCGGUAAACUACAUUGACCGUUUCCUAAGCUGUAAGGUUGUUUCUCUGGGUAAACUGCAGCUUGUCGGCGCGACUGCUCUGUUCGUGGCCGCCAAGUACGAGGAAAUCAACUGCCCAUCCGUGCAGGAAAUUGUGUACAUGGUCGACAACGCGUACACCGUCGACGAGAUCCUCAAAGCUGAGCGUUUCAUGCUCUCCAUGCUGCAAUUUGAGCUUGGCUGGCCGGGUCCGAUGAGCUUUCUACGCCGCAUCAGCAAGGCGGAUGAGUAUGACCUUGACACACGCACCAUGGCAAAGUACUUCCUUGAGGUCAUGAUUAUGGAUGAAAGGUUUGUCGCGUGCCCGCCUUCGUUUGCGUCGGCGGGCGCGCACUGCUUGUCUCGCCUUGUGCUAGACAAAGGCGAUUGGACUUUGGCGCACACGUACUACUCGCAGUACACGUACUGGCAACUGCACGACCUGCUUGCUAAGCUGGUCGAGUGCUGCCAGCAGCCGCGCAAGCACCACCAGGCCGUCUUCGAAAAGUACCGCGAGAAGAAGUACAAGCGCUGCUCCGUUACUGCCGAGGAGAAGUUAACCAGCCCGUCUUUCAAACUUCCGCCGAAAAACGCUGGUAGAGAGUCCGCCGGCACAAUUACGAGCAAUUGGCAGAACGCCUUGUGGAAACGUUUCUAAGCCCGGCCAUCUUCUUUAGCCCUGCCUGAUCACAACUCCAGACUCUCAAGCUUCUGACUCAUCCGUCGUCCGAACGACCGCGAUUUAUUCAUAUCUAUUUUCUAUGUUGUUCUUCUUUUCUUUGCGUUUCGGCGCGCAUUUUCGGAGCGGGCGUCUUUGUUCUCUUGCAGGUCAUCCAUUGCCUCUUUCGAUUUUUAGCUGGCGUAUGGCACGAUCGGAGCUGCGAAAUAUCAUAACUGACUUUCAUCUGGAACAAGAGCAUCGGCGUUUAGGCGUGCUUUGUUACAGCCACUGUCCUUAGACACCGACGCGUGGGAAACAUCUUCGGCAGGCAACUUUGCGAUGCCCGCCCUUUUCUGCUUCUUUCUUCACUGGCAACUACUGCUUUCACGACCCGACACGAAGGUUACGAAACAAAGAAAGAAAACAAGUUUGCUACACACUACAUAUGUUACAACUGGAAACAGACCUGGCACUGCUGCUACGUCCAGGUCGACCUAAUAUCUUCAUGAGCAGGAAGGCUGGGGUGGGCAUAAAAACAGAUGUUUCCAUCCUAUCGAGCCUUCCUCCUCAUCGACAUAUCUUUUUCUUUCAUUUUCUUCCCCCUUUCUCUUCGAAGGCCCCCUUAUAGACGGACUUAUACCCCAUGGAAGUGUUUGCUCCAGACGGGUGCACGGAGGCAGGUAUCGAGUUAGAACCGCAGCUUUAAAUGUCCUUGUCUCCUUCUUUAUAUGAAGUCCAAAAAAGAACGGAAUAUUGAUAUACAUAUAUAUUUUUUGUUUUCAAAAGAUGGGGAAACAUUACUUUUUUUUUCCCAUCCUUCGAUCAUCAUUGAUGCUUCAACUCGACUUUGUGGAAGCAGCAAACUUUGCAGGAGAGGCGAUGGGUGAGAAAGAAGAUCAGGCGAUAGAAUGAAAGAGGUUGUGUUUGAAUUGAUGGACGGAUGGAGUAAUUGAAGGGGCGGGCUUGCUGUGUCUCGAUACUGCGGUCUGUAUCUGCCCGUGCUAUUGUGGGAGCAAGUCUGUAAUCACGGCCAAAAUGGUAGCUUUUGUUCUGAACCUCGCCCUCGCCA